AAGGGGAACGGAGAGCAUGUGCGUGUCACGGUCUUGUACAGCAGCAGCAGCAGUAGCGACGGGCUGAUGAUGUGCUGGGCCUAUAUAAAAUUGCCAACAGCCCAGGCCAGUCACUUUAGUUGCUAAAGCAGCAGUCGACCGGACGGACCUCGUUUUGUUUUGUGUGUGUGUGUGUGUGUCCAGGUAGUGUGAUUCAUUUCUCCCGACGGGUGUAGAGAAAGAGACAGUGUACGUGUUGGGGAGUUUGUCUGCUGGCCCGGCAAUAUUGACACACAAAACAGUCCGACAGCUUGUGUGUGUGUGUCGACAACAAACAAACUUCCAGCGCCCAGCAAAGAAACAAGAAAUAAUAAGGCCGCUGCUCUGCUUUUUUUACACAUGAAGAUUGCUGGCAGUUGCAGCAGGAGCAGUCGGCUGGCGGAUAACAGCCAAAAGGGCCAGCAUCACACGUUAUACAUGACAUUGUGGACCAUGAAAAAGUGAUGGGUGCCGAGAAGAGGACGAGUCGUCCGUGCUGGGGCGCCGGGAUCGAGUGCGAAUCAAUGAAGUUUCUCAAACAACAACAACAGCGAGUGAGUUGUUGCUGUUGGAAAAGUGGCAAACCCAGUGCUGCUGCCGAACGGCCAGCAAUCUUGAACCAAGUGACAGCAUUGAGCGAAUGGCUGCCGUGUCUGAUUCCGCCGGCCCUGGCCGUGGGUGUCUACACCAACUCGUUGGGUGGCGAUUUCGUCCACGACGACCUGAGUGCCAUCACCGGCAACCGAGACAUCACCGACCCGACGGCCGGCACCUGGGAUUUCCUCUACAACGAUUUCUGGGGCACUUCACUGCUCGACCCGGCCAGUCAUAAAUCAUAUCGGCCGCUCACCAUUCUCACUUUCAAGUGGAACUACGCCUUGAGCGGACUCAACCCUUGGAGCUAUCACGCGGUCAACGUGAUGCUCCACGCCGCGGUCAGCGCCCUGUUUGCGUGGCUCUGUCGCAACUGCCUCGGCCUCUCCAAGUUGUCGUCGCUAUUGACCGCCUCCCUCUUCGCCAUCCAUCCUAUCCACACGGAAGCGGUUUCGGGUAUCGUGGGCAGAGCCGACAUCCUCACGACCUUGUUUUUCCUCUUGUCAUUCAUCAGUCACGACAGGGCAACGGCGAUGGAUUAUUCACGGCCGAGCGGAUUACCUCGUCGCCUGCAUUCCGGCACUAGUAGUACCUGCGUCACCGCUGUCGUGCUGAGGGUGGCCAGUUUGUUGUCUGCCCUGCUGGCCCUGGCCGCCAAAGAGAACGGCAUCGCCGCUCUACCCAUCGCCAUCAGCUGGGACAUGAUUCGACUCCAUCAGCAAUCGACGUGGCAUCACGACGACAGGAGCGGAAGGACUCGAUCUAAAACUUCCAGCAGCAAACUGACUGGAAAACCUAGGAGUGGUUGCGGCCGAUCCUGCUGGCAGUGGCUGAGGGUCGUAUCCAGGAGCUGGCCUAUCCUUUUACCCGUCGCCACGACGGUGGUGCUGCUAGGAGCCAGGAUCGCUCUGCAACAGGGCCAGCUCCCACUCUUUUCCGAGCAAGACAAUCCAGCCGCGUUCGCAUCCAGCCGCAAAGCCAGGAUACUCACCUUGCUCUAUCUGCCAGCCUUCAACAUGGGACUCUUACUCGCCCCAGUGUUGCUGAGUUACGACUGGCAGAACGGCUCAAUCCCAUUAGUGGAGGAUUGGCGCGACUGGCGUAAUGUGGCAACGCUCGUCUUCUACACGUCACUGGCCGCUGCUCUCGUCUAUUCGUGGAUCAACCGCAAAAAGGUGAUUUUGUGGAGCGCGGCCGUGAUGGUGUUGCCCAUGUUACCCGCUUCCAACUUGUUUUAUCCGUGCGGAUUCGUCGUCGCCGAGCGUCUUCUCUACCUCCCGAGUCUGGGUUAUUGCCUGAUCGUGGCUCUCGGUUUGCGGAUCGUCUUUCGCUCGACACGAUCCUGGACCGGCCGCCGGCUGCUGCUAUGCCAUCAAGGAGCGACGACUGGAUCCUACGACGACGGCGGCCCCUCAUUACGUCGCCGUCGCUCAUCGUCGUCAUCUUCUUCUUUUUCUUAUUUGACGUCAUCGUCUUCCGGCUGCUACUGGAUGAUGCCAGCGGGUCGUGUUGCUGGAAUGUUGGUGGUCCAUUGCCUUUUCUUAGUCGGCGCCGUCCUACUGGCCGUCACCUUUGCCACGAAAACUUGGACCCGCAACUUUGACUGGGCCGACCGGCGGACACUUUUCGAGUCUGGAUUGCGGACGCUCCCCAACAACGCCAAGAUGCACUACAAUUACGCCAACGUUCAGAAAGAUGACGGCCGCUGGGAAACGGCCAUCGAUCAUUACCGGACAGCCAUCGAAUUGUGGCCCAACUACGCCAGCGCUCUCAACAAUUUGGGGACCGUUUUGCUGGCCAGGGCUGACGACCUGGACGACGGCGAUGGCCGCAAAGAGUUGGCCGUCAGAGAGGCCGAGCUGCGCUUCCACGACGCCAUUCGCUCGCAUCCGCAUCACGCCCACGCCCACUACAAUCUCGCCGUUCUCUAUCUGCAACGGAACGAGACGGAACAGGCGCUCCAUCUACUGGGCCGGGUGCUGGCCCUCAAUUCCCACCAUCGGGAGGCCUUGAAUUUGAUCCAUUGGCUCCAAGCGCAGACUAAGAAGAAGAGCGACGAGGUGGUGGCGGCAGCAGUUGACGGCCUGGCUAAUCAUGGCCGGCCUUUUCCCAGCAUCAACCAUUAUCGAAAUAGUGCUGUUGCAGAGAGCAGCAGCAGCAGCAGCAGUGCAGCGAUUGGAUCGUUACCAUCAGCAGCAGUUCAUCAUCCGCCAACGACUGCUGCCAGCCCAGCAGCACUGCCGCCUUCGGCCGCCGGCCACUGGAUCACGGCCAAUCGAUUGCAGCCGACGCAGCGGGAGGAGUCUCGCCAGCAGCAGCAGCAUCGGAGCGGCACCACCUCCUCCUCCAACUACCGUUGGAACAAAACGGCCAAAAACUGACAAAAACAAAAUUCCCUCCCGAAUUUGAUGAUAUCGGAGACGAUUGAGGAUUGUUAUUGCCAAUUCCUCAUCAACUCAAACCACCUCACAUAAUAACUCGAAUGAAUGUUUGCUGCUGGCCUGUGACCAGGUUGUUUGUACAUGUACAUACUGAAUGAGAAUCAUUAUUGAUUGAGCUCGUCUAGAAUCGUGUCGCACGUGCAAGUGUCGAACUGUCACCCGUCAAUAAUGAACGAAUCGUGACUGGGCCAGAAUAUAGAGGACGAUAUGAAUACCCAAUAAUUAAACUCAAAGUGUACUGCUGCUCUGUGUACAUUGUCUACAUGAAUAAGAUAACUUUGCUAUUCAAAGAAAUAAUCAACACAAUUAUCCUAUAGCGCAAUAUUUAUUCGGAGCUAAUGAAAUACAAAUGUUGUCGCUUCUAUAACC